AUGAGGGAGAUCAUCACAGUUCAGGUUGGCCAGUGCGGAAAUCAGAUCGGGUGCCGCUUCUGGGAGCUGGCGUUGAAGGAGCACGCUGCGUACAACACAAAGGCGAGAUACGACGACGCCCUGAGCAGUUUCUUUCAGAACGUUGACACGCGUCAUGAGCCAGCCAUCAAGCUUCCCGUCGGCGAUGGCAAGGGAUCGAUACGCGCGCUCAAGGCUCGUGCUGUGGUGGUCGACAUGGAGGAGGGUGUGACGAACGAGCUUCUCUCCGGUCCGAUGCGCGACGUCUUCGACACGAAGCAGUUCAUAACGGGGCAGAGCGGUUCUGGGAACAACUGGGCGUGCGGUUCGCACCACUACGGACCAAUGUAUAGGGAUACGCUUCUUGAGGCUGUCCGGCGGCAGGCGGAGGAUGCGGACUCACUGCAGAGUUUUCUGUUGCUGCACUCACUGGGCGGUGGCACGGGUUCAGGGCUGGGGAGCUACAUGCUCGGUGCGCUCGCAGACGAAUACCCCGACGUGUACAGAUUCUCGGUGUCGGUUUUCCCCUCCGAGGAUGAUGAUGUGGUUACAUCCCCAUACAAUGCGAUGUUAUCUUGCGCGGCGCUGGCGGAGCAUGCGGACUGCGUCAUGCCGGUGGAAAACCAGGCGCUCAUGGACAUCGUCACGUCGAUCCAGUCCAAGUCGCUGGGGUCACAGCGCGGCAGCUCUCUGAGCGGUCUUGACAGCGGGGACGUGGGUGGGCGCGCGGGACACGGGGGUAAACCUUGGGAUGGCAUGAACGGUAUCGCGGCGAACCUUCUGCUGAACCUUACGGCAGGCAUGCGGUUCGAUGGAUCGCUGAACGUGGACAUAAACGAGAUCACGACCAACCUUGUUCCCUUCCCAAAGCUUCAUUUUCUACUUUCGUCGAUGUCGCCCGUGGCUGUGUCUGCCGAUAGGGGGCGAAAUAUACCGGCGCCCAGAACCAUGGAUCAGAUCUUUACGGAAGUUUUCGGCCGCGACAGACAACUCGCGAGUGUGGACCCUCGGCGCUCAACAUACUUGGCUUGUGCGCUGAUGCUGCGCGGCGGUGUGAACAUAUCGGACGCAAACCGCAACGUGGAAAGGCUCAGACGGGGUUUGAAGAUGGCACACUGGGUCUCGGAUGGGUUUAAGGUGGGACUUUGCGACCGCGCUCCAGUGGGAACGCCGUAUUCGGCUCUUUGCCUGGCGAACAAUUGCGCUAUGCAGCGCCCACUGGAUGCCAUGAAUGAACGCUUUGGAAAGCUUCGUAAGCGGAACGUGUACCUUCACCACUACACCGAGUACAUGGACUUAGCAGACAUAGACGGCGCCGCGGAGUGCAUCCAAGAUCUCGGAGCUGAGUACGGUCGUCUGGACAUUGCCAGGGUGCCGGACACAGUUCCAUCCAUAGAGCCUCUGGGCAUUAGGUAG